AUGAAGUCGAGCGAGCUUGAGGCGAUGAGCGUCGAGGAGCGCGUCUCGUGCUUCUACUGCGCGUUUGGCGUCGACUUUAUUGGCGUCAAUGUGGCGCUGUCCGAGGCCUUGAUCGCGCCCGAGGCCGUGCCCACGUACCUGCAAUACCUCGAGGGCCCGAACCGCGACGCGUGGCUCCUCGCCGAGUCCGUCCUCAUCCCGUUCGCCCAAGGCAAGGGCAUGAAGGACGAGCAGCAGCGUCUUCUUGUCAACUUUGAGGUCGCGCGCCGCAACUGCGAUGUCCUCAGCGCGGCGGGCGCGGUGCCGAUCUUUGCGCAGCAUUUGGCCCGGGCGAUGCUGAACCUCAAGGGCCUCAACUUUCCGUACAUGGACAUUGACCAGGUCGAGCGCCUCUUUGGCCAGCUGAACCGUGCGCUCACGAUGCUGUACCUCACGAUCGUGCUCAGCCCCGAGUCGGUCUGCUCGGCGCGGUCGCUCUUUGAGCUGGGCGUGUGCCAGCCCAAGCAGGUGCUCUUCGACAUCUUUGAGUGUCUGCAAGCGCACCAAUCCGUCGCAGGCUAUCCCGUGAAGCGCACCAUGCUGCUGCUCUAUGCGUGGUUCACACGCAUGCUCGGGGACCUCCCACGCCUGACGCAGCUCAAGAACGACCGACGGGCCUUCCAUGCGCUUCCGCUCGAGGUCCCGACCAAGCUCCAGUGCAAGAGCAUCAAGCGACCGGUAAUGGUGCCCAUUACCGAACCGGUCUCGGACCCACUGUACGUCGCCAAGGUCAAGGCGCAGAACCACCGCGAUAGCAUCUACACGUCGUACAUCCACAAGCCGCAUUACGACAUGGCGCCGGCGAUCUCAGCAACGGACGACCCGACGUUCGACCAAGAGUGGGGCGACCGCGUCGAGCUACUGUAUCGCAUGCUGCUGAUGCCAAGAGCCAAGGAGAUCAUGGGCGUCUUUGCGUCGGUUCUGGCCGCCGGCACGAACCCGGACAAGCGCCACGUGUUUGGGAAGCGCGGGUCCGCGGGCACCGACCCGUCCUCGUACGAGAAUGCGCAGACAAACGUGUCGCCGGAAGAGCAAGCGUACCUCACCUACAUGCUGCGCGAGAAGGCCAUCCUCAUGGACGCCACGUCGCUCACGCUGCUCACGCUGCUCAAGCACGUUCGAAGCAGCCAUCUGCUCAAGGCCGAGUACCUCGCCUCGCAGCUCGUCGACGCCGGCGUGCUCCCGACCAUGACGAAAUUCCUCAACCGCGACUUUGCAACGUACGUGCAAGUGCGUGUCAUUGAGGACGGCUCGCAGCGCGUCGAGAAGUUGCCGAGUCGCAACAAGAAGCUCACGGUCGUCGUGGCGUUGGACGAAGCGACGGUCGCCGAGUACGCUCGGCAGCAACUGCGCUGCGUCGCGUCAGUCCUCCGGCUCGUGCAGCGCCUCACCAAGCGCAAGCCGAGCUUGAUCAAGUCGACCUUGUGCCGGUCGCAGUCGCUCGUGUGGCUCAAGCGCGUCUUGAACCUCAAGGAGCCCAUGACGCGCCUCUAUGCGCUCAAGCUCGUCAAGUCCCAAGCGCGGUACCUUGGCCAUCAGUGGGUCCGCAAGUUUACCUGCGUGCACUUGCUCACAGAAGUCUACUUGUACGUGCGACCCGAGCUCGAGGACGACUGGCUGCGCAGCGAAGAGGACGACACGAACGUCACGUCGGCGCCCAAGCCGGUCGAGACGCUCCUUGCCGGCGAAGUCCAAGCCUACCACCACAAGUACUACUGGGAUCGUCUCAAGCCGUCGCCGGCGGCCUCCAACGUGAGCAUCGUCGUGCAAAGCAUGCAGGAUCUCGAAGCGGAUGGGCUCGACGUCGAGGGCGGCAGCUGCCGGAAGCUCUUUGCCGAGCUCAAGCUCGACACGGGCACGUGCCAGCAGUAUGAAAAGUGGCUCGACAUUCAAGGGCUCAUGGCCGACGCCGACGCGCCACUGCCGAUUGCAUUUGGUUAA